AUGAGCCCCAGGGGCACGGGCUGCUGCGCCAGGUUGCUGCUGACGCUGGCCGGGCUGCUCCUGGGGGUUCCCAGGGCCGCGUGCGGGGCCAAUGUCACCGCCCUGCAGGAGGGGCCCGGCCCUGGGGUGGCCAGCGAGGGGGACCCCGAAGGCGACAGCGAGAAUGACCCAGACUCCAACACCGGGCUUGCAUCCGCGGAUAACGUCCCCGAGAAUGCCGACAAUCAAGGCUACAGUCUGGUGGGGACAGACAAGCAGGACUCCGGUGAUAUGGAUGCCGAGAACGAACCCCAAGAGGAGCCCGAGGAAGUUACAAAUUCGACAUUAGUCAAAGAAGUAGAAUAUGGGAUGUGCACUGUUACAUGUGGCAUUGGUAUUAGAGAAGUUAUAUUAACAAAAGGAUGCCCUGGAGGUGAAUCCAAGUGUAUUGUGAGGGUGGAAGAAUGCCGUGGACCAGCAGACUGUGGCUGGGGCACACCAAUUUCAGAAACUCUUGACAGUGCUAGACUGGCUUGUGUUCAUGUAUCUCCUGUAAAUCGUUUCAGAUAUGUUUGGAGAGUUCUAAGGGCAGACCAGCAACCUGUUAUAAUUUCAAAUGAUACAGUAAUAUUGGAUAUUAAGAGGGAAAAUCAUCCCGUUGCUUUUGAGUGUAAUACUUAUGAGAAUAAUGACCUAGUAGCAUCUGUUAGAUUCACAGUCUACACAUCAAAUGAACUGCGGGUGAGAAGAACAAACCGGCCAGAUACUGAUGCAGUCCUCGUUUUUGUGCUGACUAUAGGAGUCAUUAUUUGUGUAUUCGUGAUCUUUGUACUGAUUUUCAUAAUUAUAAAUUGGGCGGCAGUCAAAGCUUUCUGGGGGGCAAAAUCCUCAAGUACUGAGAUACAUUCUGAUCUGAGUUCAAUGAGAUAUAAAGAUUCAGCUUCGAUUGACCAAUCACCAGCAGAAAUGCCUGCACGGGAAGAUGAUGCUUUAAGUGAAUGGAAUGAAUGA